AUGGUGGGCGAGGGGGCGGGCCGCGGCGCCGCGCGCUGGCACGUGGGCGACUCGCCCCCGCGUGCGCCCAUGGGCUUCGCGGCGCCCGCGCACGAUGCGCAGCUCGACCGCGGCCUCGCGCCGGCGCCCGCGCCCGCGCACUCGGCCGCGACCGCUGCGGCCGCUCUGCAGCGGGUGCAUUCCAGAUCGAUGUCAUCUUUACCACCGGAGCCCUUUAUGAUGCUAAGAGCAAAAGCUCUUAGCAAGCGCGUUAUUAUUAACGUUGGAGGUGUUCGACACGAGGUGCUAUGGCGGACGCUGGAACGACUGCCGCACACGAGGCUCGGCAGAUUGCGCGACUGCAACACACAUGAAGCCAUUACGGAAAUCUGCGAUGACUACUCGCUGCAAGAUAAUGAAUAUUUUUUUGAUAGGCACCCGAAAAGUUUCAGUUCAAUUUUAAACUUCUAUAGGACUGGCAAAUUACACUUAGUCGACGAAAUGUGCGUGUUGGCAUUUAGUGAUGAUCUCGAAUAUUGGGGUGUAGACGAACUAUAUCUGGAGUCUUGUUGUCAACAUAAAUAUCACCAACGGAAGGAGCAUGUGCACGAAGAAAUGAGAAAAGAAGCCGAAAGUUUACGACAGCGAGAAGAGGAGGAGUUUGGUCAGGGUACAUGCGCUCAAUACCAAAAGUGGCUGUGGGAUUUAUUAGAAAAACCUACCACGAGCAUCGCAGCUAGGGUGAUCGCAGUUAUUUCGAUCCUCUUCAUCGUGCUGUCCACAAUAGGGCUCACUCUCAACACCAUUCCUCAAAUGCAAGUGUACGACGAGAAGGGCGCACUCAUGGACAACCCACAGCUGGCCAUGGUCGAAGCCGUGUGCAUCACGUGGUUUACGCUUGAGUAUGUGCUGCGAUUUAGUGCCUCACCGGACAAAUGGAAGUUCUUUAAAGGUGGAUUGAACGUUAUCGAUUUAUUGGCAAUAUUGCCCUAUUUCGUGUCUCUUUUUCUACUUGAAACUAAUAAAAACGCGACCGACCAGUUUCAAGAUGUACGUCGUGUUGUGCAAAUCUUUCGUAUAAUGCGAAUAUUGCGUAUUCUAAAAUUAGCUCGGCACUCCACCGGGUUACAAUCACUCGGUUUUACGCUCAGAAAUUCGUACAAAGAGCUAGGACUGCUCAUGUUAUUCCUCGCCAUGGGAGUACUUAUAUUUUCCUCGCUGGCAUAUUUUGCUGAAAAAGAAGAGCCGGGGACUAAAUUUAUUUCUAUUCCGGAAACGUUCUGGUGGGCCGGCAUCACCAUGACCACAGUUGGAUACGGUGACAUUUACCCCACGACCCCGUUGGGCAAGGUCAUCGGCUCAGUUUGCUGUAUUUGCGGCGUGUUGGUAAUUGCGUUACCCAUCCCCAUUAUCGUCAACAAUUUCGCCGAGUUUUACAAGAAUCAGAUGCGGCGAGAAAAGGCCCUCAAGCGACGUGAGGCGCUCGAGCGCGCUAAGCGGGAGGGCUCUAUUGUCUCCUUCCACCACAUUAACUUGCGGGAUGCCUUCGCCAAGAGCAUGGACCUCAUCGACGUCAUUGUGGACACAGGACACAACCUGUCACAAGGGGACGGGACUAGCCUGGAGGGCGAAGCGCCGGCCACUACUGGAUGCUACAAACAGUAUGAACACGCUUUUGGAAAUAAGAUACCGCAGACUGCUGAUAACGUUCAGUUUCAGAGCAGUCCUAAAAAGGAACGUCGCUUCUCAAGCGAAGGCUUGAGUUCGCCGGAGAAAUGCUUGCUCAUUAAUCCUGACGCAACACCAGAAAAGAAGAUGGCUGAAAAACAGCUUGACUUGGAUCAGCUGCCUUCUGAAUUUGAAUGUUGUUUUUGCACGUUCAAGGGUUACAAAGAAUUUAUAGACGCCGAACAACUGAUGCCAAUGCCGACGUCGGACCUCCGUCAGCCGGUGUGCGUGGAGCUGGCGUGCCUGCAGCGGCACCCAGCACCGCGUGCACUUCCCGAAGCGACGCCCAACAGUCUUGAUAGCCCUGAUACAUUUGCAUCAUGCCUUACGCACCCUUUUCCUUCAGAGGGCGACAUCACGUGCGAGAACGACUCUUCGAACUUAUAUGUGAAUCCGUUGGACGGUAGCAGCGGUGGCGGUACGGGGGAGGGCGGGGGAGGUGUACCGGCGGAAUUUAACGGUGUGCGCAAAAGCGCUUCGGGGGACGGGACCGUUUUGUGUGCGAAAGGUUCGCAGGGCGAAGGCUCGCCGCGCGGGUCUCGGGGAAGUUUGUCUGGUGUCGGGACGAGCACGGCGUGUGAGCUGGUCCGGCCACUCGACGCCUCGCGUUCGAGCUUGCCGCAGCCGAUAGAUGAGUCGCCCGUCGCCGCCGACGACACAAAGCCCAAACAUAGAAAAGCGCGCUUUCAACAGGAAUGGUCGGAGGAGGAGAGGAGGCCGCCGAGAGGCAUAGCAACACGGAUAAUUAAUCACCAUAUAUUAUUUGGUAAGAAUGGCAAUAAGCGCGGUGGCAGCGGAUGGCCUCUAGAGAGCGACUCGCGAUCACGAUCCAUCUUAAAGAAUAAGGAGUCUCGUGGUACCGACAGCGAGCUGCUCUUACAGGAGACUACCUCCCUUGGUGCUAACGGUGAUUCGGGAAGCGAGUCUUCACCUAUACGUCUCAAAGAUUUCAAAAGUCAAAACCACAAAGGCGCAACGGACAGAAGCAACUUAGUGUCAUAGUUCAGCGCACCGCCUACCGCCCGCUACGCCUCAUAGAUGUAGUCGCGUACUCGAUAAUACUUUCAUAUAUUAAUACUUUAUAGAACGCAAUAAAAUACACAAAAAUAAUUUUAACAUAUCAUUGAGCGAUUGUGACUGCUUGUUGAUAGAGAAUUUUCAUUUUAUAGAGUUUAUUAUAAAUAUUGUAAAAAAAUAAUAAUAUAUUACGUAAUGUAAUAAUCGUUCAUUCCAAUCGAAAAGUUGAAAGUACCUAUUUGUUAAGUUUUUUACGUGCAAUUAUUAAUUGCUAAUUCUAAUUUAAGCGAAUAUAGUUUGUACAGCAUAGUUGAAGAAAAAAAAAAGCAAUUAUUAAAAUUAAAGAUUUUCUGAAAUUGUUA